AUGAACGGCGGUGCGAGCGACAGUCGCAAGGCCAACAUGGUCAAUGCGGCGACGACUUUCAAGAAUUUCCAAUUCGACUUCGAUCUCGGGGUGUCGUCUGGAUCCGGCAUCGGAGGGGGCGGAGGUCGGUUGGGAACGGCAGGCGGCAGUCUCAAGGACCAGAAGCUCGGCGGCGGUUUGGGUGGCGGAGGACGACCAGGCGGGGGGGGCGGUUACGCGCAGGGCGCCACCUCGUGGUCCACAGGCGGAGGCGGAGGGGGAGCAGCGCGCGCGCCCCCCGCCUCCGCCAGCUCCUAUGCGCCGAGCGCCCCAGGCGCGCAGGCGCAGAAGCAAGGGGGAAGCGGAGGAGGACCCAGCUGGGUCCCUCUGGGGCAGUCCGGAAUUGGCAGUGGGGGGAGGGGGGGAAGCGGGUAUGGGGGGAUGGGGAUGGGGAUGGGGAUGGGGAUGGGGGGAAUGAAUGCCAAGCCUCUUAACUCCUCGCUGUCGUCAUCUGGUGCGUCAGCAGCAGCUGCAGCUGCCAGCAAGGCGGAUGACGUGUUUGCCAGCCUGUGGAGCAGUGCCACUGCCUCCGCGCGACCCGGGGCGUCCACGUCAUCGUCCACGUCAGCGUAUGGAGGCGCCGCCAGGGACAGCGCGGGAGGGGCAUCUGGGGGAGGUAGAUUUGGGGGAAGUGGAGGGGGAGGGGGAGGGGGAGGGGGAGGAUUUGAUCCGUUUGGUAUGGGCGAUUUACGGAGCUCCGUUCCCAAAGCUGGCUCGUCAGGAGGAGCAGGUGGUUCAGGCAGUGGAUUUGGUAUAGGAUCAGGAUCAGGAUCCGGAGUGGGAGCAGGUGGAGGUGCAGGAUUCGGAAUGGGUAGUGGGAUUGGCAGUGGCGGUGGUGGUGGGUUAGGCGGUCAGCCCAUGAGGGGCAGCGGCGUUGGAGGCCCUUCACUGCGCGCCUCUGCCCCAUCUGCCGCGUCUGCUGCCACUUCUGCUUCCUCUGCUGCCUCUGCCGAUCCGUUUGCUGCUUCCUGGCCGGACCCUUUCGCCACCGCCACCAGUAGCAGUGGCAGCGGUGGUGGUAACACUGGCAACAUGAACAGUAGCAGCAGCAGCAGCGGCGGCGGUGGCAUGGCAGGGGGAGGAGGAGUCAGAGCCGCAUCCGCGUCUGCAGCAGACCCGUUUGCAAACUUCUCCGCCUCGUUCCCUGCCCCACGCGCCGCUGCCUCCUCUGCUGCUCCCCCUCCUGCUGCCUCUGCUGCUUCUGCCGCCGCCGCCGCUGAUCCGUUCGCUGCCUUCUCAUCCAACUUGGGGAAUUCGCGGCCCCCCAGCAGCUCCCAGCCAUCUGCUGCAGCGUCAGGGUCAUUCGACCCUCUAGUAGACAUGCUUUUCAACCCCAAGCCCUCUGCUGCUGCUGGUGGCUCUGGUGGUGGUGCUGGUGCUGGUGCCGGUGCUGGUUCUGCUGGUGGCUUUGCAGCGGCCAGCAGUGACAGCAGCAGCAGUUUCUUUGGGGCGAGCGCAGGUGGUGUUGAUUUUGGGAACCAAGACGCCGGUGAUUGGGGAAGCUUCGGGGACGCUUCUGCUUCCGCCUCCACGGAAACCACUGUAGAGCUAGACGGCAUCGGGCCGCCGCCAGCGGGAGUCACUUAUAACGCAGCGCUCAAUAAGGGGACGGAGUUCUACAAAGGGGGGCAGUUCGCGGACGCGAUCAAGUGGCUGGUGUGGGCGGAGCAGCUGGCGGAGAGAGGGGGGGCGGCGGGGGGAGAGGGUCUGGUGGCGGUGUUGAGUGCGCGGGCAUCAUGCUACAAGGAGGCUGGCGAGAUGAAGAAAGCCGUUGCAGAUUGUACCAAGGUACUGGAGAUUGAACCAGAGAACACGGCAGUGUUGAUGCAGAGGGCGUGUCUGUACGAGGCGAUGGAGAAGUACAAGCUGGGCGUGGCAGACCUGCGCCUGCUCUCCCGCCUUGACCCCUCCAACCGCGCCAUUGCCACGAGCCUUAACCGCCUCAACAAGGCACUUGCUGCUCUGGGGUGA